GACUACCAAACUGUGGGGUUUUUUUUUUUUUUUUUAGAAAUAAUUAUUUUAUAAAGUCUUAUCAGAUAUGUAUUUUCUUUCCCUCUUCCAUGUGCAGGCACCUUCCUGGGCAGGAAGCAGACCCAGCAGAGGUGGAGUGGCAGUCCUCAAACUACCAUGCCCCUCCCUGACACGGCACCCACACUCAUGCAGGACCUGUGCCCCAGCGAGACCAGCUCUGUGCAGACAGGGCUCUGCCCUGCAAGGGGCCUGGCCUGCUCCCGCACCAGGGGACUGUCACUGUCAACCUCAGUUCCUCUGGCUGCCAUCCCCCCUGAGACAGAGGCUGGCUGAAAGGAGGGGGCCUGCCCCACCCUGUGGACUGAGAAACCAGGGCUGGCCAAGUCUACGCAGUACAGGAGGCCACAGCAGGUGGCCCUGGACGCGCCAGGCUGGGGCCGCCUCUGAGCGCCCCGCGGGGGCCAUGGAUGUCAAGACAGCAGAGGAGCAGGGGGGCCCUGCGCCCCCACCAGGUGCACCCUGCGGACCUUGCUCAGCCGGCGCUCCCGCCUUCGGGGGGCGGCGGGAGCCCAAGAAGUACGCAGUGACCGAUGACUACCAGUUGUCCAAGCAGGUGCUGGGCUUGGGUGUGAACGGCAAGGUGCUGGAGUGCUUCCACCGGCGCACCGGGCAGAAGUGUGCCCUGAAGCUCCUGUAUGACAGCCCCAAGGCCCGGCAGGAGGUGGACCACCACUGGCAAGCCUCGGGCGGCCCCCACAUUGUGCGCAUCCUGGAUGUGUAUGAGAACAUGCAUCAGAGCAAACGCUGUCUCCUCAUCGUCAUGGAAUGCAUGGAAGGCGGUGAGUUGUUCAGCAGGAUUCAGGAGCGUGGCCACCAAGCUUUCACUGAGAGAGAAGCUGCAGAGAUCAUGCGGGAUAUUGGCACCGCUAUCCAGUUUCUGCACAGCUGGAACAUUGCCCACCGAGAUGUCAAGCCUGAAAACCUGCUCUACACGUCCAAGGAGAAAGAUGGGGUACUCAAGCUCACGGACUUUGGCUUUGCCAAGGAGACCACCCAAAAUGCCCUGCAGACUCCCUGCUACACUCCCUAUUAUGUGGCUCCUGAGGUCCUGGGUCCAGAGAAGUAUGACAAGUCAUGUGAUAUGUGGUCCCUGGGCGUCAUCAUGUACAUCCUCCUAUGCGGCUUCCCGCCCUUCUACUCCAACACGGGCCAGGCCAUCUCCCCGGGGAUGAAGAGGAGGAUCCGCCUGGGCCAGUAUGGCUUCCCCAAUCCUGAGUGGUCGGAGGUCUCUGAGGAUGCCAAGCAGCUGAUCCGCCUCCUGCUGAAGACAGACCCCACAGAGAGGCUGACCAUCACACAAUUCAUGAACCAUCCCUGGAUCAACCAAUUGAUGGUGGUGCCACAGACUCCACUCCACACAGCUCGAGUGCUGCAGGAGGACAAAGACCACUGGGAUGAAGUCAAGGAGGAAAUGACCAGUGCCCUGGCAACCAUGCGGGUGGACUACGACCAGGUGAAGAUCAAGGACCUGCAGGCCUCGAACAACCGGCUCCUCAAGCGGAGGAAGAAGCAGGCAGGCAGCUCCUCGGCCUCUCAGGGCUGCAACAAUCAGUAGCUCAUGUGGCUGUGGGGGAGCUGGGCCUCUGCCUGGAGGACACACUGGAGGGGCCUGAGGCCUGACCCAAAGGGCCCAGGCUCAUGGUUUUUAACAAAAGGAUUAUUUUUGUUAUGUUUUAAUUUGUCACUUGGAACUUCAGGAUGGGGGGACGUGACCCUGAUCCUUCAGAAUUCCAGCCCAGGUUCAGGCCCUAGACAAGGGCCAAAACCUGGGGGCUAGGGAGCCACCUGCUGCAGCUGCAGUGCCUUUGACCAGAGUGGCCUGAAUGAACUGUGACUUUGUCCUGCCCUGGGCAUGGCCUUAGACUUCUAGGCCACUGGGAGUUGUGGCUGGGCUUCCCUCCUUCUGUGGAAACAGCUCCCUGGAGGGUGGGCAGAUGGGCCUGGCCUUGGGAAAGGCAUCCGGCCACUGGUUGUCAUGGUGACCAGGGACAGAGUUGCUGUCUCUGAAUGCUGAGUGAGUGAGCAAGGGAGGGAGAGGGGCAAUUGAGGGUCUGCCUGCCUUCUUGGGGAGGCUGCUCUCCCUCACGCUGCAUGCCUCUCUCAGGCUCACCCCUCUUUGGUCUCCCUGAGGCUGCAGGGUCAGUCUGCCUGGCUCUCUGGGUGGUCCAGCCCUGUCUUGCUGCAACCCCAUCCCACAGGGCCCUUGGAGUUCUCCUUGCACAGAGUCCCUGGGCCCAGCAUCCUGUUACUAACCCCCACCCAAAGAGUAGCCUCUCGUCUCACUGAGAGUGGGAGGUAUUUUUAACCCCUUUUUUUUACUUCGGAAAUGUCACUGUGACAAAAGCUAAAACAGUUACCCUACCCCCACCUGCUCACCAGAUCCCAGGCAGGAAAGCCUUUCCUUAACUGUUCAUCCUCUACUCUGUCUUGAUUGAAGGCAGGGGUUGUCUCUUGGUGCACUUUUGCGAGAGUGGAUAGCUCGGGGCAGGGCCAAGGGCUCCCGGUUAAUCAGGGGUCUCUUUCUAUACUCCGGGUCAGACCCGAGGCAGUGGAGGGCUGCUGUGUGACGCUUAGAGGGUCUGGUCCUGGCUUUGGCAGAGUCGGAGCAGAGAGUGCCCCUUCCUUGCUGGUCCAGGCUCACCCAGCCCCACACUGCCCAGGCAGCCUCAGGGUGCUGAACGCCUGAUAUGGGCCUGGCAAGUGCCUGACCCCCGGCCUGUUUGCUGGUUCCUUACGCUUCUCUCACGGGCAGGGAAAUCCUAGAUCACGUCAAAUAGGGUGGUUACACUAUUUGUAAAACACUGCUGGGUUUUACAUCCAGAUAUUAGUAAACAACAUUUUGACAUUUU